GGUUUAAGUUGGGAGUGUUAUUUUGUUAGACAACUUCAUAUUUUUUUUUAAGAAUUAUUGCUAGAAAAAAAAAUUUCUUGCUCCACAGAGUUGUUUUUUAAAAAUCAUAUACUUUGGGGGUCAGACUCCUGAAGUUUGAGAGCCAAGAACUUGUUCUGUAACAAUUAUUUGCUGAGUAUCUGCCUUGUCCAGCUGGUAAGUUCUUGUCCCAUACUUUUUCUUGGCUCAUUAUUUACUGGAGAGGGAGAGAAGGAGACAUCAGAAAUGUAGAUCUGCAGUUGGCAUCCUGUGACUGGUAUUUCCCAAACAUGAUGUGGUACUUCCUUUUACUCCCCAUAGCUUUUUUUGACUGUCUUUUAAAAGUAUAAUUCUUACUGGUAUUGUGUUUGGAUUGUUGACUAUAAAUACCAAAGCAAAGCCUACCUGAGUGUGCAAAAAUGAGCUGUUUUGAUAUAAAUAGUUCUGGGGAAGACAUUCAACAAAGUAGUCUUUCUUAAAGUGGUAUAGUGGUUAGUCAGCUAAAACUCUUCCUUUAAUAACUAUAUGGGGACUUUAUUUUACCAAGAAAAAACCCCAAAGCCUCAAGCUGUGUAAAAUCUUGAGGGAGGAGGUGUAGGAGAUAAUUACAUUCAUAGAAUCUGACACACUGGGGUUUAGUCACCUUUCAUUUGCUGUAUUCUAGGAGGGGGAAUGCAACUAAAUGUCUUUUUCUUCAGUAUUACUGGUGGUAUUCAUAUCACAUUGAGUAAUGAGAAUUGCCUAAUGAGGUUCAGCUACAGAACUGAUCUCUGGGUGGAAGCCAAGAUGUUUAUUAAUAAAGCUGGACUAUCAAAUACUGGCUGUUUAUUAGUUACUGAUUAACAGAAGGAGCCGUGAUAGCUUCAAGUUAAGCCACAAGACACUGAUCAAAUGCAAACUCUCUAAGUGAAAGCAGGAAGCAUGGAAAGGGUUUUUCACUUCUUAACUCCUAAGGAAUAAUUUGCAUCCUUGUUAACACUGGAUGAGAGAGAUGGUGUGCAAAUGUGGUUAAGCCACUAAAACACAUUUGUCUUUAUUCCAGUAAAUGAGAAAUUGCAAAUACAAGAUCUGCUUCUCUGCAUCAUUGAACUUGUGCUUCCCAGAGCUGUGGCCUGUCACAGAUACCAGUAGUAAGGACAGAUGAGUCUUAAGGAUAGAGAAUACAUUUACAUGGUAAGUUACAAGUCCCAGUGACAAAAGGAAAGUUCUGACUUAAGGGUGUGGUCAGGCUGGUGUUGCUUGUGAUGCUGGAAUGAGAUGUGCUGUGUUAGGAAGGGAGAGAGGGAGCUGCCAAGGCAGUCUCUUUGGUUUCUGACCUGCUUUCCUACAGGUUUGUCUCUUUCUGCUCCUGCACAUGGAAUUGAUUACUGUCACAGGACCAAAAUUAAUGUUGGAUGUUACAAAACUGUAAAUUAAUUUCUACAUUUAGAUUGGUGCUUUUUCUAAUCAGUACUUUUGAAAAACACAUUUGUACCUCUCAAAUGUGCAAGGCCAUUUAUUCUCCUUCAUUGGUGGAGGUUCUCCUGAAACAGUGGUUGAGUUCUAUUUCUGUAUUUCUUCUCUUUGUAUUCCCCAGGUCACUUCUGUCAUCUCUUUCCCACAUAUCCUCAGGCUACUUUUCUUCCCCUGAUGGCUUCCAGUUUCUUUGAGAAAGCUGUGAUGGAAGCAGGUGGCCUUGAAAGCACUCUAGGGAGGGAGUGGGUCUCUGCCAGGGGAUCUGGCAAAGCAGGAAACCUGACUGUCUCUUCCCACCAACCAGAAACAAGCCAUUCUUUCCUGUAUAGACAGGACAUUUCGGCCUCUUCCAAAAGCCCUGGUAACUGUGGUGUGCCAAGACAGAUUUCUUGGAACAUAUUCAGUAACUGAACUGGAAAGUGUCUGCUUUGUACAAAAUAGGCAUCAACAUGAUGGAUCUCAAGAGCUCUUUCUUUUGUGUGCUAGAGAUGAUCCAUAGAUGAGACACUGGCAAAUCACUAGAUUAUAAUUGUAAAUUGCAUUUGUUCUUAGUCUGUGAAAGUAAAAUAAAGCCAGUGACAGCUGAAUGAUGAAAGAGUAAAAUUCUAUGUACUGCAGCUCUGACUGGCUUGGGAGCUGCAUAGUUUCUGAGAAGCAAGAAUAAAUAUGGUAAGGCUUCAGGAAGUUGCUUACGUGAAGGUUUUCUUGUUACUAGUUUCAGUGUAAGAUUUUAGGCUCUGCUUUUGACUGUCAUUGUGGUUCAGGCUGACUUCAUUUAUUUCACUGCAUAUUUUUGUAGCCUGCAACUUCACAUGGAGAAAUACUCUUUCAGAAAAAUUGAAUUAGGCUGCAGUUUUUUAAUGAAAAAAAGAAGAUAAAGUGCAGUACCACUGCACCUCUGUACAUGUUGACUUGCCUGAGUGGAUAAACUGUCGUGAACCAAAUAAUUUAGGAUUGUAUUGGGAACUGUCUGUUUGUAAACCACCUUUUAACAAGUUCUGCUUUCUGCCACUUCUUAGCCAUUUUUUCCCUAAAGAUCUGUGCUUCCAGUGUUUAUAACUUUGUGUAAUAGCAUGUCUGACCAUUAAGUGGUCUCACAGUUCAGAUUUUGGCUUGAGAUUUCUCUGCAUUUCCUCUGCUCUGCUCCUAGAUGGCAGCCGUAUUCUAAACAGCUCGCUGGUGUUCAGGCAUUCUCACCAUGGAGACCAGGAAAAGGGAGUGUUUAUAUUUCAGUGAAAGCAACCUGAAAGAUCAUUUUUCAGGGAAAUUAAGAUCCUGCUAAUGGGUGUUACAGGUUGUCUGCUGGUCCAGUUACUUUUGUUCUGAGACUGAUUAAAAAAAGGUGAAAUUGGGACAAGGUAUUGAGGAAUACUUUGCAGAUUAUCAUUGUCCUGUGGCUGGGCAGGAUUUAUUGAGAAAGAGACUGAAAAUGAGAUACGGGAUUUGAAUAUCAGUUUCCAAAGAAGGUCUUUAGGUUGGUUUUAUGUAGUGCUUUUUGAUUUUUUUUUUUCUUUUGUAGUUUUUUUACAUUUUGGGGUGUUUUAGAGUGAAACCGUGAUCACCUAGGCUAUUAGCAGCUCUGUGUCUAUUCCUUGUACCUUGGACUGUACUAUGAAGGAUGUUUAGCAUCUUGCUGCCUAACAGGACAUGGUGCUUAGCUUCUGAUAAUCUUUUAAGGUAUUGCCAACCUGUGAUUAAACAGUGUGAGCAGAAAGCUGUGUUAAGCCACAGUUUAGUCUGGGCCUGUUUGAGAAGGAUCCUAUGUGUGCAUGACCAGCUGCAGGUGUGUUGUAACCCCUGGGUGUUCUGUGCAAGUGCUUUUGCUUGCACGGGGAGUGUGUGUUCCCAGCACAUCUCAUGGUACUCUGCACCUCCAGUGCUUAGAUUUGCAUCAUGGACUACUCUUGGGAAGCAGGAUGGACAGGACUCUUCCAGGAGAAUUGGCCUGGAAGGUUGUUCAGCUGUCAGUGGGUGUUUGGUCUGCAGGACCUGGACUACUUGUAGCAGGUGCUGGGCUCUCAGUACCAACUGUUCCACUCCACAGAUCUCCUGUGCCUCGCUUCCUGCUUGUUAUGGAAAUACAGAGAGCCAGUGUUAACAACCAGUGCUUUCAGGUGAGUCUAAAAGCAAUUUGUCCUUCAAAGUAUUUACAGUGCUGUCAGUGUUUUUGUAGUAGGCUUCUCAUUAAUUUUGCUUGCUCAUUAAUCUGGCAGGUAACCUCUGGCAAAUGUAACUGCAGCAUUCCAAGGCAUUGCUUUCCCCUGUUAUUUACCUAUGCUUUAAGGAGGUUGCCACUUUGAUUGCAGUGGUGGUAGGACAGCUCUAGUAUAUAAUUGAAUAAUUUUAUUUCCUCUUUUUUUAGGUUACUACUUUCAAAACAGGUUACAGAAUUUUAAGUCUGGUUGUCCCAAUGUUAUAAAUGAUUAAGCAAGCUGUUUGGUUGAGAUGAAGAUCAGUUUUUCUGCAUUAUGGCAGAUCAGACACUGUGUGAUUUCCACAGAUACUGUGAGUUCAUAAUGAAAUGAAAAUAUCUGUGAAUCAAUGUACUAUAGUGUUUGGGAUUUUUUUCCUUCACUUGCUUUAAAAUGGUUUCUGACACUGCCAGCUGUUGGUUGGGAUGUGCCAUCUAAGUAAGAGGCAAGGAAUUGAUUAGGCAGGAGGCAAUGAAACUGGAUAAAUCUCUGCAUUUCCUUUUUUCUGCAGAAGAAAACCUAAACCUGCUUUCAACAAUGUUAAUUAAAAUUUCAAGCCCAGAACAUGGUUCACAUGAAUCAUGUGAUGUCAUUGUGCAGCAUUUCCCCAGGAAAAGGUCAGGUACCUCUUCUUCAUCUUCCCCUCAGUCUCCCUCAUAAGCUGCAUGUUUUGGUGCUUCUUAAUUUUGUAUGUCAAACCUGAGCUCUGUCUUAGUUUAUUGCCUUUGGUCUUCUACUAACUGUUAUUUCUCUCAAUUACAACUUACUAAUUUUAUUAAUCAGAGUUAAGAAUUAAAUACUAUUUUUAAUCCUGGACAGUGUUAAGGACCAUAAAAUGCUGUUAAGAGCAUCAAGCGUUCAAAAUACCAGGAGUACAAAUAUUAAUUGUCUGGCAGCUUACCAAGUUUCUGUGGUUUGUUUUGUCUUGGAAAAAACAACUUAUGAAUAUUUAAUGGAAAAAUACCAUGCUAAUAAAGAGAAAUCUUCAGACUGAGGUCAGAGUUGCUUUAUUUGGAGAAGUUGUGGAGCAAAACGUGUGUGUGUGUGGCUGUGUGAGCAGGUGUAGUGAUGGAAGAUUGGAGUGGUGGAGUUAGAGGCUCUGCUAUGGAGUUGCUCUGGGUCCCAGCUCCUGGUUCUCAGCAGCACCAGAGAAAUGUUUCAGGAUCAGUGAACUCGCUGGAGCAAGAGGUGACCAGGAGUUCUGGUUUUCAGUAAAAUGAAUAAAUGAUUUUAUUAGCACAGCAGUGUGUAGUGUAUUUGAAAGUAAUGCUUGUUGUAGAAGUUUACUUUGGCAAAUAAAAAAAUUCUGAUGUGUUAAAGCAAGUUUUUAGGGAAUGGCAUACAGUUUAUUAGCAGCAGAGUUCAGGGAUAUUUAGCUCUAGACUUGUCAUAACCUGCAUGAGAGUGCAGUAGGUAUGAAAUCUGUGAAACCGCACUCAGUGUCCUGGAGGUGGUAUGGGUUUUGUUGUACAGAGUCAGAGGAAAGGCAUGAGUGUAAGAAACUCUGGAAUAGAACAGCUGUUUAUUUUGCAUGAGCCUCUCAGCUGGGGACCAUUAAAACUGUGAAACAUUGGUGUGUAGCUCAGGUGAAUGAAGUUAGAAUAAGGCUUAAUUUGUUUUAAGUUCACUGAGGAACUGUGGACUGAGGCUUAAGGUAAAAGUGGUUUCACUGUAGCUUUCUGAAACAGUGGAGGAUAAAGACUGUUUCCUGUCAUCUUAGAAAACUAACAAAGAUCUCUGUUCUUCAGGACAGAGCAAUUCCAAAGGAAAAGUGGUGCAGUAAGUUAGGAAAUGCUUAAGACAGAGGUAUAUUGAGUCUUUGCCAAGUACUGAUUCAGAGCCUGAUUCUGAGGUAGUUUUACCUCUGAUUGUGUUACAAAAAAGAAACUAAACUAGAAACUAUAAAAAAUGUGUAUUUAAAUUGCACAACUAGAAUUCCUUGCUAAACUGUGUGGACAAAUCUAUCUUAAGGUUAGAAGAUGAGCAUUAGAAUUUAAGAUUUUUUUACAAUGGCAGGUCUUGACAUCUAAUGAAAGGUUUUCAAAGAGGCACUUUUAAAACAAACUUUUUAUUUAGCUGAAUGAUCACAAUUACUAUUUCUAACACUUACAAAGAGGAAUGUUUUGAAAAUAGUACCUCAAAGCGGUAUAUAAUGGGCUGAGUGGAAACUGAGCAAGAAGCCUAAUUUAGAUAAAUACUAAUAGCUGCAUUCUGAAAUACAGCCUGAGUGUUCUGAUGGGGAGAAGUGUCCUGCAGCGUUAGGAUUACUCAUGAGUCUGGUCAUCUCCAGAUCUAUUUUUCUUUCAUUGUUGCUCACACCCAUUUUAAGAAGAUUGGGAGUCUCAUCCAAGAUAUUUAGCUUACAUUUCUUGACGCUGAGCGAAUUCCAAACGUGGCAGCUGUGGUGCUGUUGCUUACAACAGUGGCAGGGCAGGCUCUGGCACAGUUACUUAGCAACAGGGAAGCUCACGUUUGCUUACAGCUCCUGCGUGUGCAUCUAAAUGUAGUUCUGGAAAAAACGAAAAGGUUAAAGGACUUUGGAAGGGGAAACAGACACUUGAACAAUUUGUACUGUUCAUGAUUGAGACUGAUGGUGACAGUACAUAGGAAAAUUAUUCUCAAGAUAUUUUGUCUUUUAAAAUCUUUAUUAGACUGUUAAUAUGUUGCUAAAAAUUGAAAUCAAAAUGAACAGAACCCUACUCCUACCAGCUACAGAAAGAUCAAAAAUAAAAAUACAUCAAAUGGUAAAGAGCAGGAGGAUGUGCUGUUUUGAAUGCCCAUGUUAAAAAUGCAUUCCUUGGAAACAAGACAAUUCAUUAUUUGAACAUUGGGAAUCUGAGGAAGUAAUAAAAAUUAUGUUUUGUAAGACUAACAGAUGGGUUGAGAUUAUAUUAGAUUAAUUACUACUGAUUGUUGAUUGUUGCUUGUCAGUUCACAAGUGCUUUUUAGCUGAUCAAGCUGUGAAAUCUUAAUGGGUUUUUGACAGCUUGCACUCUGUGACUGCAGUAAUACUCAAAUCACAGUGACUUAAAAGGCCAGUGUCAGACUGUUCUUGGAUUGUGUUAUGAUUACAGUAAUCUCAGUUUCUGGGGUUUCAGGCAUGCAGUUUUCCUUCUUAGCCAGCACUGGAGCUGCAGUGGGGUUUCCUUAUAUAGCAAAGGCAGGAAGGUGAUUGCAACUCGCUCCAGACAUGAGGGGGAGGCAGGGACCAGAGACAGCAAGCCUAGGGUGGAGAGGGUAGGAAAAAGGCUGGAUUUGGCUAGAGAAUGGAGAAAGGUCUGAUGGUGGCAAUGAAUAAUGAGUGUGUUCAGGCUGUUGGGGAGAGGGAUGUGGAAACCUGCAGGAUAUCACUGAAGGAAGCAGUGCACUGCUUCAGCCUUUGGGAGCUGGGAGGAGGAGCAGGGCAGUUUGGAGAACAAGGAGAGUGACUGGAGAGGUGCUGAAUUUACAGAGAAGUAAGGAUACUGCUAUUCCAGCUGCUCCCAGAGUUGAGCAGUUCCUUUUCCUUCCUAGAAAUUAAGUGGUUGCAAAAAGGAAUUCUCCAGAGGCUGUGUUCUUUUGUUCCUGUGUUUGGUCUUCCCCAUCUGUACUCUUACUUAUGAGUUUACUGGACUUUUCUGUGGGAAACAGAUUCAGACAUGAUAUGGAAGGUGAACAAGAUCUCACCACCACUGGGAGUGGGCUUGCUUUUCAAAGCUGAGUCAAAAUGGGGAAGCAUCUUGUGAAGAAGGUUUUUAAGGGCUAGAAUGAACCUGGUUAGGGGACAGUGAUUUAAAAGAUAGGGGAAGAAAGUCAUCAAUCCAGGCUGCCAAAGUUAAUGUUCAGCUAAAAUAUUUACCUUUGAAUUUCAAAUUCAAUCUAGAAAAUUCUAUAAUUCUGAUUGCCACAUGUUUAUUCAUGUGCUUCAUGUGUACUGUAUGGGGCUUACUCACUUAAAUGAUGUCUGCCCUGGUUAAUGGGCCAUUAAAUGUGAGGCUGCCUCAGAGUGGGCAAGAGAAUAUGUGUUAAUUCUUUAUAAAAAUGACAGGAUAGUGCAUCUGCAGAAUAGGAGCUUGAUAAAAAUCUCUCAUCCAUGCAAGUGACAGCCUACUCAUCCCCUGCUGGGAGAGUCUGCUCCUCUCCCUGCUGAAGGCUUUUUAGAAGGCAAGUAGAAGAAUGAUGUAAAAUAAUUUUGUUUCCAGUUACCUCUCCAUAUUUUAAACUAACAGGCUGUUGAACGUGAAAUCCGUGCUGCAGCAAUUUUUACCUUUUGUAAAGGUAAAAUGAGAAAAGUUUGGUUUAACUUUUGCUGUUCAUUCCUUCGGUAGUGGAGAUGAAGGAUGCAGGUGCUGUCAGGUUGACCUGUGUAACAAGGCUUGGGGUUUCACAGAAGGAGGAGUCUGCUACCCAAAAAUUGGCCCCCAUACUUACAGAGAAGGCUUCAAUCUCUUCUCCUUUGGACCUUUCUUCUGACCAUCAAAGCCAAGUUUGCUGUGUACUUGAUAGCUCUCAAUGCAAAAUCAUCUACAUCACCCAUCCAUGUUUGCCAGGAGACAAAGUACAUGAAGAGUCACUUUGUAGUUGGUAGUUGUAGCUAUUUUCAAGUCUUCCCUUGGUAAGUUGCCUUUUGUGAGUUUAUUCAGCUGCAGACAUUAUAUGCACUUGCUUUGACAACUGGAACAAAAGGAGAAUAUUGACAGAAUUAAAAUUUGCUGGCAGUUGUAUUUGUGCUUUGCAGACAGGAUUCGUUGUAGUGCAAAUCUUUGUGGGCUAAUGAAGUUAAAGCAGGGCUUUAGAUAGUAUUCUUUUCAACAAAAGCAGCUUGCCUAAAACUGUCUCUGCUAGUGUUUUCCUUCUGAAACAAUGAGACCGAAUGCUGCAGGUUUAAAAAUGGAAUAUAAUUUAUGAGGCAUCAAGCCAUGGGCAUGAGUCCUUGUGUAACUGGAAUUUAAAGUCUAAAAUGAAUAUUAAUGAGGUGGGGAGGGCUGCAGACCUGUCCUUUAAUACUAAUCCAUUGUGAGUGGAGCAGCUCUAGCAAUGAGCUGAUACUGGCACAGGGACAACCAGGAAUUGACUGCUCUUAGAAAAUGCCUCAUCAGUCAAAGUCUUCACAGGCUCCUGAAUACUUGUCCUGAUCAGAUACAGAGGGGCACCUGAACAUUUGUGGUGUCAGUGCCCUGCCUGCUGAUCCUGUGUGCAUUUCCCUGGGGACACUCCUGUGCUGGUUUCAGCUCUAGCUCCUGGUGUGGAUGGAAGCGUAAUGGAAGGGUAAGUUACCAGUGAGUUUGGAAGUACCUUUGGAAGAGAACUGGGAACCUUCAGGCUGAUGUUUAGGGCAUAGUCAUGGUGACUUAGGCUGGGUGACAUCAGUGUUAGAAGCUCCCUGUCCUUGAUUAUUAAUGACAAGGUUUUCAAAUACUUAAGUGAUUUCAUAACUCUUAAGUGUGUGUAAAAGAAAUGUGCUAAGUGAGUAGAGCUUUCCCUCAUUUUCAGGAAGGAAGAUACUUUGUAUUAACCAUUUGAUCUAAGUAAUGUUUAGAUUAUAAAUUCCCUGAGAAUGGGAUGUUUGUGGACCAGUGCACCUCCUCCUAAUUGACAGAAACUGGUGCUGGGAGAUGAGUGAUGUCACCUCAAAAAUGCUGAGCCCCUUCAUUUGACUCUGUAGUUAGUGCAGGAAUUGGCAAAUCUGUCAGUAGCUGGCUGGAGAAGCCAGUUAUAAUAAACCUCUUUGCCUCUUUCCUUGUCUUGGAAUGUGUUCCAAAUGCUCCAAUGUGCUGCUAACAUCUUUAGUUUGAGAGAGGAGUUUUGGAGUGAAAGUGUAGCAAAUUUGAAGAGUUCCUCUAAAAGCUGAAGUAUUAACCUUGAUUUCAUUUGUUGGAUAUUAUGUGCAUGACUUUUGGUAAAGUUCUACAUUUAUUCUAUAAGUAAAUGGUGUCUUGUGACACCUACAAAGCCUAUACUCAAAGUGAUCACUUUCCUUGCCUCUAGCUCAAGGGCAAGGCACCAAGAUCUGUAUUUCCUUAUAUGUAAAAUCCAUUAGACUUUACUCAGGUACUAAAGAUAACAUAGCCCUGUGUCCAUUGCCGCAGAAAUACAUGUAACUUUGUGAAAAGUGGACUAUUUCCUUGUUGGGGAUUGAAAGUUACUAAAUUGUUGCCUUUUAAUACUCACAGAAUCACACAGUUCAGAACUGACAUUGUAAGAUUGUAAAUUAAACUGAGGGAGAGAGAAGCUCCAAAUUAAUUAUUUUUCAGAACCUAAAUGGCAAAAAAAGCAGUCAGUGAAACCCAUCAUAAUAAUUAUAUUCUUAAUAUUAAUUCAUGCAAAUAAUGCAGGAAGGUGUUGUUUUACACUAUGGUUCUGUAUUUAGAUCUGCUAAUGGAAGGCUGCAGGCUGAGCAUUGCUCAUUCCAGAGUUCUUGCCAAAGUUUCUAAAGGAUUCUCUUUGUCAUGCAAGCCUUCCCCUGUGGCACGGUGCUUGCAUGCUGUUCAUGCCUCUGCUACCACAUGAAGUAAUAGUGUCUCUUUACUAAAUCUAGAGUAACUGCAUGGUUAUUUGUGCUAUUGGAAGAAGUCACAAAUAUAUAAAAAUACUUCUUUCCCUCCCUUGGGUCUAGGAUCUUUUACGCCCUGCACCUCUUGAGCAGUUCUAAUAUUUCUUCUUUUCUUAGGUACUGGAGUGGGGGUCUUUAAUUCCCACAAUCAGUUACAUGGUAAUAAAAAAGCUGAAGGCAAUGUUCAGGAGCUUGGUGCCCAUGUGGAUGGUCUCCUGUUCCACUGAGAGUGGCUGGGUGCUGUUCCCAGUGCCAGGAAUGCUGCUGGAGGUGCUGCCACAAGGCCAGCAGCAUCCCUGGCCUGUGCAUGUGGAAUGGCUCAGCAGGGCAGGGCUUUACACCGUGAGCCACUGUGUCCCUGUGCCACUGCAUGCACCAAGCUGAUGGGUCUUAAAAAUCUUGGGGCAGUUUUGACCUAGAAUUUAUGGUUUACUCCUGCCCUUUAAAAGGACAGAAUGGUACUAAUAGAUCUUAAAGCUAUGAAAAUAUUCUAUAAGCUAGAGAAAGUUUAACUGUGUUUUACAGGUGGAAAAGCCAAGGCACAGGGAUUGAGUUAGGAAUUACCCAGGGGUCUGGCAGUUGAGACUGGUCUCAUCUCUGGAGUCCAGCCUCAGUUUGCCUAUGUCCCUUUAGCAGGAUGUUACACUACUAACAUCUCUAGAGCUGUGCUCAAGUCACCCCAGGCCACCCCUGUUCUGUACUUGUUUGUUAAAUAGCCUAAAAAAACAUUCCCUGCCAGGCAGUAAAGCAAGCACGGGCACCUCCUCCCUGGCUUUUGCCCUGCAAGAGUUCCUCACUCGCCUGUUUCUGGUUUUGUCUGUACUAACGUUGGUUUAAUUUCAUUUUUUAACAGCAUAUUUGUUAUUUUGCUGUACAAACCCAGCUGGAAACACACCACUUGUUGUUGCUGUGAGAGGGGCAGCCAGCUCUGUACCCCCACGUCUGGACCUGAGAUCUCUUAGAUCAUAAUGCUAAAGGCCAAAGAUAAGGGUGAGGAGAGUGGUGCAAAACCUAAGCAUGUGCUUAGUAACAGAGGAACCCAGACUGAAAGCAAGAAGCCUCUGGAAGAGACAAAAAGCGUGAAAAAGCUGGUUGAAAACAAGGGAGCAUGUGAGAAGGUGAACACUGCCAGUGCUGUAGCCCACAAAGCUGACCCCAAACCUCAGCUUAAAGACAGGACAGCACAGCAGCAAGGGGUAGAAGGUGCUGGCAAAACACAGAGCUCUAAGAGCUGUCCACAGCAAAAGGACAUCGAUGCCAAAGCUGUGAAUCAACACAAUGGUCUUCCCUUCAUACAUCAAGAUCAUGCAGACAACCAAAAUGCUCCUGCUAAAGCACAGAAGGUGGACAGAGCCCCCGGCCUUGAUGAGUGCCACAGGCAGCUUGUUCCUCAGAAAGCUGGGAAGAAUGAAAACAAAGCUCCAGCAGCGGGUGCAGCAUCCCGGGAAGCUGUGCCCUCCACAUCCCGGGCCGUGUCUGACACCGGCUGUGAAGUGACACAUACCAGGAUAUCCAUCAGUGUACAUAUGACUGACAUGAAAGAAAAGACUGAGAUGGCCAAGGAGGGAAAUGUAAGUGACAGCAGAGGUAAAAGUUCCAAAGUGAAAUCCACACCAGCGGACUUGAAAGGAGUCAAGCCUGACAAAUUAAAACUUCAACAGGGUCCUAAAAACAUCAGCUCCAAGCCAAAUUCAGAAGUUAAAGGGGACAAUAAGCAAGAUGAACUUGCACCUCAAACAGGGAAGCAAAAGCCAUUCCUGAGCAAACCCAAACCAGGUGAAAAAGCUGAAGAGAAAUCAGAAUUAAAAUGCGAGCCCAUAACCUCACAGAAUACCUCUGCAAGGGAGCCUGUGAAAGAUGCAGGGGUAAAAGUGAAAAUCCAUCAAGAAACAGCAAAAGCAGAAAAAUCCCCAACAGAUACCAAGUCUGAGAGGAGGGAAUCUGAGACUGCAGGGGGAAGCAGACACGAUGCUCAGCAGUGUACAGGAGUGGCACCAGAAAAGACCAAGUCUCUGGCAGCUGGCAGAGCUCUUCCCACUCAAGGAGAAAUCAUUGAUGACAGCCCCUCUCCUCCAGCUCCUUUCGAGCACCGCAUCGUGAGCGUCAAGCAGGCGGAGGUGACCACGAGCUACUCCGUGUGUCGUCACGAGGUGCUGGGGGGGGGGCGUUUUGGGCAAGUCCACAAGUGCACGGAAAUAUCGACGGGGCUCAACCUGGCAGCCAAAAUCAUAAAAGUGAAAGGAGCCAAAGAGAAGGAGGAAGUAAAAAAUGAAAUUAACAUCAUGAACCAGUUAAAUCACGUGAAUCUGAUCCAGCUUUAUGAUGCUUUUGAAGCCAAAAAUAAUAUCACUUUGAUAAUGGAAUAUCUUGAUGGUGGGGAAUUAUUUGACCGGAUCACAGAUGAAAAUUACCAUCUGACAGAGCUGGAUGCCAUCCUGUUCACCAAACAGAUUUGUGAAGGAGUCCACUACUUGCACCAGCAUUACAUUCUCCACUUAGAUCUGAAGCCUGAAAACAUACUAUGUGUAAAUCACACAGGAAACCAGAUUAAAAUUAUUGACUUUGGAUUAGCAAGGAGGUACAAACCCUGUGAGAAGCUGAAGGUGAAUUUUGGGACUCCGGAGUUUCUGGCUCCCGAAGUGGUGAACUACGACUUUGUUUCCUUCCCCACGGACAUGUGGAGUGUGGGUGUCAUCACAUACAUGCUGCUUAGUGGCCUGUCCCCAUUCCUGGGAGAGACUGAUGCAGAGACAAUGAAUUAUGUAGUCAAUUGCAGCUGGGAUUUUGAUGCAGAAGCAUUUGAACAGCUCUCAGAGGACGCCAAAGACUUUAUUUCCAGACUGCUUGUGAAGGAGAAAAGCUGCCGGAUGAGCGCCACGCAGUGCCUGAAGCACGAGUGGCUCAACAACCUCCCUGCCAAGGCCCAGAAGUGCCAGCGCCGCCUGAAGUCCCAGCUGCUGCUGCAGAGCUACAUGACCCACAGGACAUGGAAGAAACACUUCUAUGUGGUGGCUGCUGCUAACAGGCUGAAGAGAUUUCAGAGUAUGUCUGUCAAGCUUUCAUGAGCUUGUGUGAAACCUCCACCACUCCUGGAGAUGGACUUGAGACCAUGGAAGGAGGACUCGGUGUCUCCAAACAUUUCUAUCCCCGUUUUAUAACGGAAUGUUUUGGGACUGUCUUCCUCAAUUAUUUUGUGUGUUAGUGCUGUGGUUCCAGAAGAGCCUUAAGGAAGAAACACAAGAUUUCUAAAAGCAGAAGCUACUUGGUUUGUUUUUACAAGUUUUUAGUUGUUCUAUACAGUGGUGGAAAAACGUGGCUGUCACUGGGGCUGACUUCUUGCUGAAGGCUUUGAUUCUGCAGAGUAUUGAUGGUGUAUUUAUGGCAGAAAACCCCUGGCAGUUUUCUGCUCUCUCACACCAAGCAUGGGAUCUCUAAAGACUUUCUUCCAGACUGAUGUUUCUGAGCUACCAGUUUUAGGGAACUGCCACACAGUGGCACAACUUGUCCCUCAGGUGUUUGUUACUUAAAACAAAAGAUACAUUGUUUUCUUCUGUAUUUGUUUCCAAAAGGUAAUUUCCCCACAUCAUGAAGAUGCUUCAGUGCAACUCCAGCUUGGGUGGUUUUGGUUUGUUUGUUUUUUUUUGUUUUGGGUUUUUUUUUUUUUUUUUUUUUUAUUAUUCUACUCUCUCCUUUAAAAAAUAGUCACUGCAUAGUUAGGAACUAUGAGGAACCUUGGUUUGAAGUAACUUAAGUCAAUCCAUUGCUGCUGUUUCUUAGGGCAAGUUGAAUUGAGCCGAACUAAUUGAACUUCUGGAAGGAGAGGUGUGAAACUGCUGUGCAUACAAAUCACCUAAUGACUGAUGGGUCUGUGUAAAAAGAUCUCAUGUUGUAGAGAAAAGAGGAAAGUUCCAGGGAUUUUAUGUUUUUAAAACUUGAGCUUUUCAUUGUCCAUGACUGCAGCACUUAAGUUGCUAAGUUAUAGUUUGAGGAUUUGUUUCUCCUCUGGAAAUUUUAAUGCAGUAUGAGAAGCUGGUAUGGUGUGACAUGCAAAACAGGUUUCAUUUCUAAUAGGUUCAGUGACAGGGAGACAGUGUGUUGCCAGACUCUGCCUUUAGUCCAGUUAGAAGGUUGAAGCCCUUUGAAACCCUUUUUUCCCCUCUCACUUAGCUCUUGAACAUUAAACCUUUUCUUCACAAUAUUAACUUAUUUUGGAUUUUAAACUCUUUUAUUAUGCAUAAAGUGGGAGUCACAGUCUCUCAGAUAAAAGUACAACACUAUUUAUUAAACCAGUGAUUUCCUCUUCUGGAUUCUGCAAAACUCAGUGUGAACUGGAUGGGCUUUUGGGAAAAAUAGAGAUUAGUAUUACUAAAAGUAGCUUUCCAGCAAAGGCACCUGUAAAGUUCCUUUGAACUUUAUGGACUUUCACACCCCUUGAAUUUGCAGAAGUGUUGGUUGCUAAUGAUGAGGUUUGUAAGACUGCCUUACUCUGGUCUAGCUAUCUUUUCCACUCAAGUGCUUCUCACUUUGCAUAGUCCUGUCUUCUGCAGCAUUUCCAGAAUUGGGACAGAGAAGAAUCUUGAUAAUUUAUGACCUUCUAUGAAGGCCCACUGUUGUUCAUGUUUGCCUUCCACAGUGUUUCUGCAUGCUGAAUGUCGUUGUAUUCAUUGGUCUGUAUAUUUCUGAAUUAAUACUAAUAAAUUUCAUGAAAGUGGAA